GUUUACAAGUGCUCGUUGGAGUACUCUUGCGCUGACGUCACACUGAAAUUGCAAAUAAUUUCUUUUCUGGACCAGCCCUACUUUAGAAGUUUAGGGCUACACACACUUCUUCGCUUGGUGAUAAGCGCGGGUUCCAUGGCGAAUCAUCUCUACGGCUACUCCGCCGGCGGUUACGGCAGCGGCGGCGGCGGUACCACCAGCAUUUAUACCUCUCGAUCCGGCGCCGACUCUUACCCCUCUGGCGACACUUCGUUGCUCGGAACUUCCGCUAGGUACUUAACUGGAGACUCUAUUUCCUCCUCAUCCACUCUGUCCUCGUCAUUGCACAGCAACUCUGCUAGGAUCUCCAGCUUAUCCAUCACCACUCCCACGCACUCCUAUGGCCCCCCUGGUGUCGAUGCGGGGUCUGCAGCCGCUGACUCGCUUUACGCCGGCCUGAAGCGCACUUCAGUUGAGUCACUCUAUCAUCAGACUCUUUUGGGUGCCCAUAACAAGAUUGGGCAAUCUGAAGCUUGGUAUUCAGCGAACUCUCUAUCCAAGCGCCCUAGAUUUGAGAGUAUGAGCCAUUUGCCUGUUUAUCCCCAGAGGCCUGGAGAGAAGGAUUGUGCCUAUUAUAUGCAAACAAGAACCUGUAAGUUUGGGGACAGCUGCAUGUUUGACCAUCCUAUUUGGGUUCCAGAAGGGGGAAUCCCUGAUUGGAAAGAGGUCCUUCCUGUGCCAAGUGAAGCUCUUCCUGAGAGACCAGGGUUGCCCGAUUGCCCUUUCUUCCUCAAGACCCAAAGAUGCAAGUUUGGUAUUAAGUGCAAAUUCAAUCACCCUAAAGACAGAAUUGCACCUCCAGGUGCAAUGGAGGAGGGCGAUGUGUCUGUCCUACCUGAGAGGCCAUCAGAGCCUCCAUGUACUUUCUAUAUGAAGACUGGAAAAUGUAAAUUUGGUUCGACCUGCAAAUUUCACCAUCCCAAAGGUGUGCAGAUAUCAUCUGGAGAAGGAAAUGAAGUUCAGAACAAAACUUUUGGAGAUGUAAAGACAUUGCAGCAGACGUUUGCACCUGCUUUGCUUCAUAAUACUAAAGGCCUUCCCAUCAGACCAGGUGAAGAAGAUUGCCCAUUCUAUCUGAAAACUGGCAGCUGUAAAUAUGGGGCCACUUGCCGCUACAACCAUCCAGACAGAUAUCCUAUUGCUCCUUCUCUGCUGACGUCUCCGGCUACACAUUACAACUUUGGUUUGGUUGCUCCGACUGCAUCUCUCCUGCCAACCGUUGAUUCAGGAUUGACUCAGACAGCGCUUGGACUCGGACUCACUCCAACUAUUUAUCCUCAACGACCUGGGCAGAUCGAGUGUGAUUAUUACAUGAAAACUGGGGUCUGCAAGUUUGGUUAUAGCUGCAAAUUUAACCAUCCUAUUGAUCGUACUAAACCCAAAGCACCAGCCCCUGAAUCUCAGCAGGAAGAUGUGAAGCUCACUCUUGCAGGCCUCCCUAGAAGAGAGGGUGCCAUACACUGCCCUUAUUACAUGAAGACUGGGACGUGCAAAUUUGGAGCCACAUGCAAGUUUGACCACCCACCCCCUGGUGAGGUGUUGACUGGUGCCACAUCUCAGGGGGCAGCAUCGUCUGCUAUGGAUGAUGGGAAAGAGGAUGGCACUAGUUAAAAAUGUUUAGUGGCAUGACACUGUUUGUUUAAAGGAACUCCAAUUAGUCUCAAACUACUUUCUGUAGAAUGCUGUUUCAUGAAUCUGGUUCGAUACAAGCUGUGUUGAUAUAAUAUAUUCGCUCUUCCUUUCUUUAUUUUUUGGACUUUCACUUCGUUUUAUUUAAAUUUGUUGGUUUGAAUGUGUUAAAUUUACCGGUUGCUGGAAGUGUUUCCCGUUGAUGAAUUCUUAUUUUUCUCAA